AGGCAGCUAUUCGUUCAUCCAUGCUUACCGCCUCUCAUCGCAUCAUUGGAAGAACCAAAGGAGGGUCUGUUCGAGCACUUGCUACCCUCAACGGAAGAUAUUCUCCGGAAUUCUCUCGCUUCGCGCCCAUUCGAGAGUCGGAAGUUUCACGCGAGAUGACAACUCGCUAUAUGAAGGAUCUCUACGACUUCGCCGACACUGACGUCGUUAUCACAGGAGCCGGAUCUGCUGGUCUCUCUGCCGCUUACGAGCUGUCCAAGAACCCCAAUGUCAAGGUGGCCCUUAUUGAUCAGGGAGUAGCUCCUGGUGGCGGUGCUUGGCUCGGUGGACAGCUCUUCUCCUCAAUGGUGGUCCGCAAGCCGGCUCAUCUUUUCCUCAAUGAGGUCGGAGUCGAGUAUGAUGAUGCUAGUCCGAACUACGUCGUUGUCAAACACGCCGGUUUAUUCACUUCAACCAUCAUGUCCAAGGUCUUGGCUCGUCCUAAUGUCAAGCUGUUCAAUGCCACUGCUGUCGAAGAUCUAAUUGUUAAAGGUGGUCGCGUCUCGGGCGUGGUCACCAACUGGACUCUGGUCUCCCUCAAUCACGACACUCAGAGCUGUAUGGACCCUAACGUCAUGGAGAGCCGUGUCGUCAUCAGUGCUACUGGUCACGAUGGUCCUAUGGGCGCUUCCGGUGUGAAGAGGCUCGAGAAGUUGGGCCUCGUGGACUCUCUCAGAGGCAUGGGUGCACUGGACAUGAACUCUGCCGAGGACGCUAUCGUGGAAGGCACUAGGGAGAUCGCCCCGGGAAUGAUCGUGGCCGGGAUGGAAGUCGCCGAACUGAGCGGAGCCCCUCGAAUGGGUCCAACCUUCGGUGCGAUGAUGAUAUCGGGUGUCAAGGCAGCUCGCGUCGCGCAGCAAAUUCUCACCGAUGUUAAGAACGAGACCAUUCAGAACGUCCACAAGUGGUCCAUAGAGGGGGAGACUGAGUAUGGUCAGAAAAUAUCCGUCGCCAAGUGAGGAGGGUUUCAGCGAUUAUUUAUUUUCCAUGUUUUGAUUAGCG